AUGCCGCUGUUGUCAAAGCGAUUCAGAUCCAUGGCCAAACCGCUUGCCAUUGCGUCUAAGUACUCUGCGAGGCAUCCGGUGCAUGUUAUCCUUAUUACGGUUUUUGUGACUGCGCUGGCGUAUUUGUCUGUUAUUCGCAGUUACUUCAAUGGAUGGCAACUAGAUUCCAAAAGCAUAUUUGCUGGAAACAGUGAUAUUGUACAGCUACAAGAUGAGUGUGUCCACUACUAUCAUGCUGGCAGCUCAGAGUCGUGGACCCAGCUCUCCAACGACGAAUUUUCAUCUGCUACAUUCUCAGAGCAUUACUAUCUCAUGCGUCUGGAAUUUAAACAGCAAAAUCAGUCGCAGGCCGUACCACCCCUGGAUAAUCUGGUAGUCGAGGAAAACGACACGCGUUAUGUGCUACAAGAGGGACUAUCACUUCCAAAGAUUUUACAGUCAGAAGAUGGAACCACCUGGAGGCUUCGGCCCCAUAGGUUUAGGCUGAAUGACACAAGACACAUCUUGACGUCAUCUCUCUCCUCUUUGAUCGAGAAGAUUCAGAGAGCAGAAACAUUUGACGUGCUUAUCAUCGGUACUGCAUACAUUGCAAUGUUCUAUACCAUUGCAGGCUUGUUCGUUGCGAUGAAGAAAUGCACAAACUCCAAGUUGUGGAUUGCGUUGGGAGCUAUCUCGUCAUCGACCAGCGCAUUCUUUUUAGCACUCUACACCAGUCAAGUUUAUCUCGAGAAAUCUGUCACGGCGUUAAGUUUAAUCGAAGGCAUCCCAUUUAUUGUUGUCAUUAUUGGCUUCAAUGACAAAAUUAGACUCGCAUCUUUCCUAUUGCGCUACUUUAGAUUACAUGGCAUUUCACGCCAAUGCGAUGCUUCGGCUCUUGUUCACCUAGCCAUGAAAGAGGAGGGCGGUCGUCUGCUGCAGGACCGUUUGCUAUGCCUCCUAGGCUUCGUCGGUGGUGCCCUGUACGCUCACAAUUUGGAAGUCUUGAGAAAUUUUUGCAUUCUCGCUUCGUUGGUUCUCAUUUUUGACCUCAUUUUGACCUGCACGUACUAUGCUUCCAUUCUAGCCUUGAAACUAGAGAUUAAUAUAAUUCAUCGUUCCACCGUCAUCAAGGAAACUUUGGAAGAGGAUGGGGUCAUCAAAAGCACAGCCGAAUCUGCAUCCAUUGCCGAUAACACGGCAGGAACUUCUGUCUUUGGCUCUAACAAUAGCAUUAUUUUCAUGAAGUUUCUUGUCGUCGUGGCCUUCGUUGUUUUUAACUUCUGCAGCUUUGGCGCAAGAUGGACAUACCAGACAUUUUCCGCACUGUACAACAAACCUACAAGCCAAGCAUUACCAGACUUCAUUUAUAACAGUGUCAAACAGAAUUAUGCAAACGGCGUUGUUAUUUCUGUCGUUCCUCCCCAGUAUUACCAUCCAAUGAAGGCUUAUUUCCAGGUUGAAGAUUUGAUUUUAUCAGCGUUGCGUUAUGUGAGUGUUGCUAUCCGUGACCGCUUUAUCAGCAAGAUUGUGCUAUUUGCUUUAGCGAUGAGCGCUUCUAUCAACAUCUACCUGUUAAAUGCUGGAAGAAUUCACACCGAAUUCACUGCUAAAGAAUUGCAAAAACACAGCGCAAAGAGUGCGAUCUCGGCGACGAAGUUAAAACAAAGCAGUUACAUGACUAAUGGAGGAUCUGCAAUUUCGACAAUCUCAUCCGCAGCUUCUAUCGAGACACGUACUGCUACCGAGGAGGAAACUGAAAGCGAUGGCGAUCACAAGGUUGUACGUCCUUUGGAGACUCUGGUCGAGGAGAUGAAAUCUGGUGGCCUAAAGAGCAUGACAAAUAAGGAAGUCGUUUCUUUGGUUACCGGCGGAAAAUUGCCACUGUACGCCUUGGAGAAACAGCUUGGCGACACAUUGCGCGCUGUUGCUGUUCGUCGUCGAGCCUUGGCUCAACUAGCCAACGCCCCAGUUUUAGAAACUAACCGCUUACCAUACAAGUUUUACGACUACGAUCGCGUACUGGGCGCUUGUUGCGAGAACGUCAUCGGAUAUAUGCCACUUCCUGUAGGUGUGAUUGGUCCACUGGUGAUAGACGGCGUCUCUUAUCAUAUUCCGAUGGCAACCACGGAGGGCUGUUUGGUGGCUUCUGCUAUGCGUGGUUGCAAAGCCAUCAAUGCGGGUGGCGGCGUUACCACAGUCUUGACCAAGGAUGGUAUGACUAGAGGACCCUGCGUCAGGUUCCCCACUUUGACCAGGGCUGGUGCGUGCAAAAUUUGGAUAGAUUCUGAAGAGGGUCAGAAUAAAGUGAAGAAAGCUUUCAAUUCGACUUCACGCUUUGCUCGUCUACAACAUUGUCAAACUGCAUUGGCUGGUGAUCUGCUAUUUAUUCGCUUCAGAACAACUACUGGCGACGCGAUGGGCAUGAACAUGAUCUCGAAGGGUGUGGAACACUCAUUGAAACUGAUGGUCGAGGAAUUCGGAUGGGACGAUAUGGAGAUAGUAUCUGUUUCGGGUAACUACUGCACUGACAAAAAACCUGCUGCUAUCAAUUGGAUCGAAGGGCGGGGCAAAAGUGUCGUUGCUGAGGCUCUUAUUCCUGGUGAUGUGGUGCGCAAAGUUUUGAAGAGUGACGUCAAGGCGUUGGUGGAACUCAACAUUUCUAAGAAUCUUAUCGGAUCUGCCAUGGCAGGCUCCGUUGGCGGGUUCAAUGCGCAUGCUGCUAAUCUCGUGACAGCUGUGUAUCUUGCAUUGGGCCAGGAUCCAGCACAAAAUGUCGAAAGCUCAAACUGUAUCACUUUGAUGAAUGAGGUAGAUGGGGAUCUAAGGAUUUCUGUCUCGAUGCCCUCGAUUGAAGUUGGCACAAUUGGCGGUGGAACGAUUUUGGAACCCCAGUCUGCGAUGCUGGAUCUGCUGGGGGUCCGCGGUCCCCAUCCUACCUCCCCUGGUGACAAUGCUCGGCAGUUAGCCAAAAUUGUAGCAUGUGCGGUGUUGGCGGGUGAGCUGUCCUUAUGUUCUGCCUUGGCCGCGGGCCAUCUGGUGCAGAGUCACAUGAUUCACAACCGUGGAAAGGGCGGUCCAACGGCCGCGCCUCCUGCUGCGACCGCCCAGGACAAUGUCGAGAGGCUGAAAGAAGGCAGUGUGACCUGUAUUAAGUCUUGA